GGUAAAAAGUGACGUCUGUUGGCUGGUACGGAUAGAAGAGCAGCAGUAUAUCUCGUUUCUUUGGCACAAGAAUGUGGUAGAAUGGCUGGUGAUACGAUAAAACCGGAGGACUUAACGAGAAGACAAGAUUUAUCGUAGGGAUGGUACGAUAGGGAGGAAUUGCUGUUUUUUAAGAAAUUUUUAUAAUCGUAAUGUGCGUUACGGGAGGUUGCUAGAUCGAGGGGGGGUGUCUCUUGUUAUCGAGUAGAGAGCAGCGCGGAUGACAUCUCGAGCUGUACACACAUUAAAGAGCCAGGUCAAGCAUCGAGCUUCGGCCAUAUUGGUUUUAAAGUGAAUCGUUGUCAGCGAUAUCGGUGAUUGUGAAUUGUGUGUGUUUUUAUAAAUUAUUUUUAAGUUUCUUUGAUUGAUUGAAUGGUUGAAACACAUUAACUGCCAUGGAAGAGACUAAAAUAAUUUAUCACAUCGACGAUGAAGAGACUCCGUAUUUGGUAAAGUUAUCGAUAUCACCGGAACGCGUCACCCUCGCCGACUUUAAAAAUGUUCUCAAUCGCCCAAAUUACAAGUAUUUCUUCAAAUCAAUGGACGACGAUUUUGGCGUUGUCAAAGAAGAAAUCAUUGACGACGAUGCCCACUUGCCAUGUUUCAACGGUCGGGUGGUUUCCUGGCUCGUAUCUGCUGAAGGAAGCAACGUGUCCGAUGGGGCAUCGCAAUGUACCGAUUCCGUAGCACACAGUGAAGCAAAGCAUGAGAGGGUGGAUGUUGCACCUGGUUUGACAAAUCGAGCAGCACCAGCUUUAUCACACGACGACACGUUAACUGAAACUGAAAGUAUUAUAAGCAGUCGACAGGGUCAUCAUUUACACAAAACUUCUAGGCAUCACUCCGAUAAGUACGAAAAGUACAAUAAGUAUAAUGGAUUGCGGAUCAACGGCCAUUCGAAACAUCGUUCCGGCCACGGAUACGAGACUGCAUCGAUUUUAAGCUCUGAUCUCGAAACAACGACUUUUUUGGAAUCUGAUGACGACGCUAGCAGCCGUGUAACGUCAACCACGGGACGCCAUACAAACAUGAGUAGCACAAUCGAAAGAGCUACUUUGGAUCGUCGCAGACCUCAGAGACGUCGUCGACACAGGCUACCACCGAUGUCCAGAACGUCUUCAUUCAGCAGUAUUACCGACAGCACAAUGUCCCUCAACAUAAUAACGGUCUCCCUCAACAUGGACACUGUGAAUUUCCUUGGAAUUAGCAUCGUAGGUCAGAGUAACACGGGAGGUGAUGGAGGCAUUUAUGUCGGCUCCAUAAUGAAAGGAGGAGCAGUUGCUCUGGAUGGGAGAAUAGAACCAGGGGACAUGAUUCUUCAGGUGAAUGAUAUCAAUUUCGAAAAUAUGUCAAAUGACGAAGCAGUCAGAGUACUACGAGAAGUAGUACAAAAACCGGGACCCAUCAAAUUGGUUGUCGCUAAAUGUUGGGAUCCAAACCCGAAAGGAUAUUUCACAAUACCUCGGACAGAACCAGUUCGUCCUAUCGAUCCUGGCGCGUGGGUGGCGCACACAGCUGCAAUCAGAGGCGAAGGCUUUCCUCCCAGACCCCCAAGCGCUACGACAUUGACUUCGACGUCGAGCAGUCUCGCCAGUACGCUUCCGGACACCGAGCAAGAACUUCACCUGACGAUCAACACCGACAUGCCAACGAUAGUCCGUGCCAUGGCACGUCCGGACUCCGGUUUGGAAAUCCGCGAUCGCAUGUGGCUGAAAAUAACAAUACCGAAUGCAUUUAUCGGAGCGGAUGUCGUCGAUUGGUUGAAUGCACACGUAGAAGGAUUUAUCGAUCGGCGCGAUGCCCGAAAGUACGCGUCACUAAUGCUCAAAGCCGGUUUCAUCAGACACACCGUCAACAAAAUCACAUUUUCCGAACAAUGCUAUUACAUCUUCGGCGAUUUGUGCUCCGCUCUGAGCAACAUGAAAUUGGACUGCGAUACCGUCGGUCCUCUGCCACCUCCGAGUGCCUGGGAUAUGCCCUAUUCCGGCACUUACGCACCUCAUUCAGCUGCCGGAUAUAGCCCUAUGCCCUUCAAUUUCACCAAUGAACCAACCGUUUACGGAUACAAUCGUGAAGAAAGCGUCAACAGUGGCUCAGGUGGAAGUAGCGCAGGCAGUGAACACAUUUGCAAAGAACCAAUACACGAUUUGAAGUCUUGCUCAUCCGCCUCAGAGUCGGAGUUACACGUACCAUCAAUACCAUCGAUGCCGAACAAGAAUUCGAACAAUGGAAACGGCUCGAACGGGAAGAGGUCGAAUGGGAGUCGUAGCCGUUCGAGUGGUUCGGAACAGUCAGUGCCAACAGGGUCAGGGUCAGGAAAUCAGCCAACCCAACAAGAUAUAUCUGGUAGUAGACAGUCAUUUCGCAUUGCGAUGGGAAAUCCUUGUGAAUUUUUCAUCGAUGUUAUGUAGAAUUUGUUGUUCUUGUAAAUAGUUGAGUUUUGCAUAUUGGGGGGAAAUCUAUAAGGUCUCAAGAGUAGAAUAGUACAUUUUGCACUGUUGUAUUAGUAUACACAAUAGGUCACACACUGCACGAAAAAUAAAAACCAUAAAAAUAUUCAAAUAUCAAUAUUAUGUGAAUUUAAAAAAAGAUUCAUUGUCAUUUAUGAUUCUUCAAUCAAACGGUCGUAAUGAAUCACAAAGGUAAUUAACGUAGGAAUUUAGCGUCGAUUUUAUCUCUAUUAAGAUAAGGAUCGACAGACGACUAGAACUUUGUUGUUUUUUUUCUGUUACUCAGCUUAAGAGAUUGAUAUCCAAUCGCCGAUGAAAUUGGAGUACGAUCAACCGUUUUAAACUGAAUCCUGCGAAAAGCAAUGCUUAUUCAAUCGUAUAUAAAUGCAUAUUAAAUGAAACUUUUUUCUGCUUUCAAUUGUAACGGUCAACAGAGUCCUGUGUACAGUUUUUUUUGUUCUCAUCGUUAUAAAAUACUUGUCACAUUCUACUCAAAAAAUAUUUGCAUUUUGUUGCGUAGUCCUUGUCGAUGAACUAUUUGCAACUUUACAUUCCUUCUAUGUACUUCUGUCACGUUGAUUUGUAGCACUUUGCAUGUAAGAUUGUGGUAUUAAAGUUACUUGGUUGGAACAAUGCGACGAAGAUGUCUGUUGAAUUUGAGGAUGCACGAAAUUUUUUGAUAAUUCCUUUUUAUAGAUUUACUUUACAAAUUCAUUCUAACGUUUUGAAAUAAAAACUCGAAUUGUUUAUUUGCAUUCAGAUGACAAUUUGACAUAGUCAAAGAUAAAAAAAAUAUUUUCUUGCAUUCCAACAAAGCAAACUUCACAGUCGUUGGAUAAUUAUGAUGUGGCCUUGAAACAAUAAUUCAUUUCAAUAAUGAGCCGUUGUAUAACGACACUGCUAUUACGCCAGUACAUUUAUUUCAAAUAAUUCAUCAAGGAUUCAAUUCGUAUGACGAUUGAGCUUGAGAAUAGUUGAACCUUGAAAACGUCGUUUUUUGAAACAUCAAACCUAAGAAUAAAGGCUCGUUCUUCAGGCCAAAAGCGCAUUGCAGCAUGUUUACAUAUUGAAAUAUUCAAAUGAAAAUAAUCAUGAAAGAAUAUUCGUCUUUAAUUUAAUAUCUGCAUGAAUCUCAUUGCUAAAUGAGGCAUAUUUAUAUAUUUCCAUUGGUUAAUAAUCAAUCAUUUUAAUGCCAUACUAUUGAUUGCGUUUUAGGCUUACCUGCGACAAUGGGACAACUAUUUCUUUAAACCAUCACGAAGAAACUGUAUUAGAUAUUUGAAAAAGAAAAUAAGCGAAAGAAAAAACAGGCAUUUGGUUUUGAUCCAAAUGAAAGUCUUCUACUACGGUAUCUUUGAUCCAAAAAAAAAAAAGAAAAACAAAACAAAUAAGCGAUUAAAGUAUUCGCGUACACGAUGGUCCACAGUUUUAUCUACGACGUAUACUCAGACCCACGCAAGCGAACAGAACAAAAAUAUGUUUCUAUCAUGUAUGAUUGUCCAUACAGAAACUUACCAAAAAGAUGUUCAACAUUCUGCUGCUGUAAACAUGGCACCCUGAUGAAACGAAUUGUAAAUAUUGAAAUAUAUAAAAAGAAGAAGAAAAUGGAAAAAAAUCACACAAAACGUGCCAUCCCAAUUGAAUUAAGCGAGCGUGGACAUUAAGGGACUGUUACCUGCGUAUUUUAUUAUUAUUAUUAUUGUUUUUUUUUUUUAUUCCGGUAUCUCGUAUACAAUUAGCCUCGUAUUAUUUUUAUAUCUAUCGAGCUUUUUUAUUCUCAUUCGAGUAUACCUCGUUGAAACGCGAUAAAAAUCAGGCAACGAUGAUCGUCUGACAAAGAAAUCUCGCACAAAUAUGUUGUUUAAAUUCAUGAAAACUCAGCAAUAUUACUGUUUUACUGCGCUGCCAUCUUCGUAACGAUUUCAGUGGAACAAAAGAAAUGAAAAAGAAAAACAAUACGAACUAGACGAAACAGACUUCGAGAUACUGACUUUUUUAUAUAUAUGUAUAUAUAUAUAUGCGUAUACACUUAUUUAACUAUAGGAUGCACUAGAUCACUUCUAUUAUACGUAAGGUAUAUUAAAAGUAAUUGCGAAUUUGCGUACAAACCAUGUUAACCCUUCAUGUACAAGAUUCACAUAGAACAAAUGAGAAGAAAAAUAACGAAAAAUCCUCCAUUAAAUCGUGUCAACAACGUUUAUAGUUGACAGGAACAUGUACCAUCGCCACAAUACACUGUUGCCAGAUGUUAUUGUGAAUGAAGAAAAACAAUAACAAUCGAACAAACAAUUGUCAUAAAAAUGUAAUUUCUACUCUGUCGUUUCCACGAAAUAAAAUAUUUGAUAUACUUAUGAA